AUGAGCUCCUACUUCGUGAACCCGCUGUUCCCCAAGUACAAAAGCAGCGAUUCCCUGGAGCCGGGUUAUUACGAUUGUCGCUUCCCGCAGAGCGUGACCCGCAGCCCCGCCGUCCUCUACGGCCCCGCGGCCGCUCCUUCCUUCCCUCCUCCUCCUCACCACGUCCAGGAUUUCUUCCACCCGGGCACCUCGGCCAUUUCCAACUCCGGUUACCAACAAAACGCUCCGUGCGCCCUCGCUUGUCACGGUGGCGACUCUUCCAAAUUUUACGGCUACGAGGCGCUGCCGAGGCCGGCGCUUUACGGGGCUCAGCAGGACGCGCCCGCGGGGCCCUACGGAGAUUGUAAAUCUUCCUCGUCGUCCUCCUCCUCCUCCUCGUCGGCGUUGGGGGCAGCGCCCGAAGGGCAGGGACACCUCGGGCAGAGCUCCUCGCCCAGCUUGAUGUUCCCGUGGAUGCGGCCGCACGCACCGGGCAGACGCAGCGGCCGCCAGACCUACAGCCGCUACCAGACCCUGGAGCUGGAGAAGGAAUUCCUGUUUAACCCUUACCUGACCCGCAAGCGCCGCAUCGAGGUGUCGCACGCUCUGGGCCUCAGCGAGCGCCAGGUGAAAAUUUGGUUCCAGAACCGAAGGAUGAAGUGGAAGAAGGAGAACAAUAAGGACAAACUGCCCGGAGGGUGUCGGGAUGAGGAGAAAAACGAGGAGGAAGGAAACGAGGAGGAGGAGAAGGAGGAGGAGGAGAAGGAGGAGAGCAAGGAGUGA